GGUAGAUUAAAUAUUUAUCAUCCUGUAUUAUUUGCUUUCAUUUGUGCUGUCCGUUUGUGUUUUCUGCAUACGCACCGACACCACGUCGUGUUCAUUCAUUCGUGAUGUGAAAACGCUGAAAAUUCAUGCAGAAUGGGGCUGCUGUUCGGGAUCUGCAUCUCGUUGCUUUUAGGCAGCGCCUGUGCUGUGGACCGGGGAAAUUUCAAAACCUGCGAUCAGAGUGCCUUCUGCAAGCGUCAGAGGGCCAUGAAGCCCGGUCAGUCUCCAUACCGAGCUUUACUGGACACUCUGGAGCUCAGUGACUCCAGACUCACUCUACAACUCAUCAACGACAACAACAAGGUGCACUUGCUGUUGGAGCUCUAUAGGCUGCAGGGGAACAUCACUCGUGUAAAAAUAAAUGAGCUGAAACCCCUGAAGCCUCGAUUCGAGGUGCCUGAUGUGCUGGUAGGGGAGCCACCCACUGAGCCUCUCUCAGUGCUGUCUAAGGAUGAUAACGGUGUGGUUUUGUCUCUGGGGUCGGAGAGCCAGAGGCUGAUAGUUAGUGCUCGCCCCUUCAGGCUGGAUAUCAUGGAGGGGCCUGAAGUGCUGCUGUCGCUUAACUCCCGCGGUCUGCUCGCUUUUGAGCACCUGAGGCUGCGGAAAGACACUCAGGCAGACCCAGAGAGUGCAGAAGUGAAAGAGAAUGUUGAUGGAGCUGAGGAGCAGGACACUGAAGAAAAGGCAGAAGACGGGGGGAAAGAUAAAGAAGAAAAAGAUGAUGGUUUGUGGGAGGAGACGUUUAAGUCUCACACGGACAGUAAACCCAAUGGGCCAACGUCGAUUAGUUUAGACUUCUCCUUGCCUGGAGUAGAACAUGUAUAUGGCAUACCAGAGCAUGCGGACAACCUUAAACUCAAAACCACAGAUGGGGGAGACCCGUACAGGUUGUACAAUCUGGAUGUGUUCCAGUAUGAGCUCUAUAACCCCAUGGCCUUAUAUGGAUCAGUGCCAGUCAUGCUGGCCCAUAAUGCUCAGAGGACCAUGGGUAUCUUCUGGUUAAAUGCUGCUGAGACCUGGGUGGACAUCAGCUCCAACACUGCUGGCAAAACUGUGUUUGGGAAGAUGCUGGACUUUGUUCAGGGCUCCAGUGAGACUCCUCAGACUGACGUUCGCUGGAUCUCUGAGAGUGGCAUCAUCGACGUAUUUAUCAUGCUUGGGCCAAAACCAUCUGAUGUGUUCACACAAUAUGCCUCACUUACAGGCACCCAGGCCUUCCCUCCUCUGUCUGCGCUGGCCUACCAUCAGUGUCGCUGGAACUACAAUGACCAGGAUGAUGUGAAGGCAGUGGACCAAGGCUUUGACGAACAUGACAUCCCAUAUGACUACAUCUGGCUGGACAUCGAGCACACAGAUGGCAAGCGCUACUUCACCUGGGACCCUCACAAGUUCCCACAGCCCAAAGAGAUGCUGCAGAACAUCAUGGACAAGAGACGCAUGAUGGUGGCCAUCGUAGACCCUCAUAUUAAAGUGGACAGUGGCUACAAGAUCCACAACGAGCUAACUGCCAAAAACUUCUACGUCAAAAACAAAGAUGGCAGAGACUACGAGGGGUGGUGCUGGCCAGGAAACUCUGGUUAUCCAGACUUCACUAGACCAGAGAUGAGAGCCUGGUGGGCCAGUAUGUUUGCAUUUGAUCAGUAUGAGGGUUCGAUGAAGAACUUGUACACUUGGAACGAUAUGAAUGAGCCGUCCGUGUUCAAUGGCCCAGAGGUCACCAUGUACAAAGACGCAGUACAUGGCAACUGGGAACACAGAGACCUCCACAACCUCUACGGCCUCUACGUGCAAAGGGCCACAGUUGAAGGUCUGAUCCAGAGGUCUGGGGGAACAGAGCGGCCAUUUGUUCUCACUAGAGCCUUCUUUGCUGGCUCACAGAGAUAUGGCGCUGUGUGGACUGGAGAUAAUGCAGCUGAGUGGGACCACCUGAAGAUCUCUAUCCCAAUGUGUCUGAGCCUGGGACUGGUGGGCAUCUCUUUCUGUGGAGCUGAUGUUGGUGGCUUCUUUAAGACCCCCAGUACUGAGCUGCUGGUGCGUUGGUACCAGACUGGCGCCUACCAGCCCUUCUUCCGUGCACACGCCCACCUGGACACCCCCAGACGUGAGCCUUGGCUGUUUGGCCCCGAGAAUGCUGCUCUCAUCCGGGAAGUUGUCCGCCAGCGCUAUGCCCUCCUGCCUUACUGGUACGAGCAGUUCUAUCAUACAUACAGGACCGGCCAGCCUGUCAUGAGGCCUCUGUGGGUUGAGUAUCCUAAAGAUACAGCUACUUUCACCAUUGAUAAUGAAUUUCUGAUUGGUCGAGAUUUGCUGGUCCACCCUGUCACUGAGGAGGGUGCACGAGGAGUCACAGCCUACCUGCCUGGAUCCGGGGAGGUUUGGUAUGAUGUCCACACAUUCCAGAAACACAGUGGUGCUCAAUCCCUCUACAUUCCAGUCACCAUGAGCUCUAUCCCGGUCUUCCAGCGUGGCGGCUCCAUCAUUCCUAGAAAGGUCCGAGUUCGUAGGUCAUCUGCGUGCAUGGAGGAUGACCCCUACACCUUGUAUGUGGCCCUUGGUCCACAGAGAGUUGCUGAAGGGAAGCUCUACAUAGACGACGGCCACACCUUUGAUUUCCAAGCAAAGAAAGAAUUUGUUCACCGGAGCCUAACGUUUUCCAACAAUGCCCUGACAUCUGAGAACUUGUGUCUGGAUUGCAAGUUCAAUACUAAGUCUUGGAUUGAAAAGAUUUUCAUAUUGGGAGCCAGUAAGCCUAACAAGGUUACUCUUCAAAUGGAUGGCCGAAACAUUGAUAUAGAGUUUGAGUUUGAUGCCUCCAUGUCAAUGUUAACCCUGCGCAAACCAGGCAUGAGCGCUGCAGCAGACUGGACCAUCCUGCUACAGUAAUGCACUCGAGAAGAACAAGAGCCUGGAGCAAUGAGUGUGGGAUCCAAGCACUUAAUCCAAGCGACCAAGCGAAAUUGACCAAGAAAUAAAAGACUACUCCGAAAAAUACAAAAAAAAUUUUUUUUUACAAUCAUUAACUCAUACACUGUGUUCUCACAUGCAUACAAUCAGGUAAAAGGGUGAAUUGUGAUUCAGUAGGAGGGUGUUUCAGAUUAGUUUGGGGGCUAAAUAGGAGUGAAAUGGUAGAUAUUUCAGGUUUUAAGUUUUGUAAGCCUGAUGUCCAAAAAUUAAGUAACUUUUUUCAAACUGUUUUUCUGUAGUAAAUGAUAUAGUCAGCCUGUUCUCAUAUGCCUGUAAUUUAAAAGGAAUGGAGAGCAUGUUUCAUGCACUUGACUUAUUCCAAUUCAUUUCAAUUCAAUUUAAAAUAGGACAUGUGUUUUUGUUUUGUUUUUUUGUUUGUUUGGUUUUUUUUGGGCAAUUUUCAUUGAUUUUAUAGUAGCUUGAUGUUUAAAGAGUGUGUAGUACAUGCUAGACCUCCAAACCUGGAAUACGUUUAGGGGAAUUAAACCACUGACUUAGUGGAAGUGUUUCCAGUUUCUUUAAUAUUUUUGUUAUUGACUUUUCUGGAUUUCUUUUUUUUUAAACAGAGCACUUGAAUAAGCACCUGAAUACUUCUGAGGGUGAUUAGACAUUUUGAGCAAAAGAAAUAUUGAUCCUAGGUUGACAAUUAAUGCAACACUGUUGGCUAUGUAAUGAUAAUGUGAAGGAUACCAUUACUGAGGAGAUGCUGACAGCAUCUUUCAAAUUAGUUACAUCAUGUGCAAUCUCAGCUGACUUUUCUUUUUCCUUGUACAUUCCUGCCAUGUUUGCUGAUAAGAAUAUAUCAAAAAUGUUCCUUGGUUGCUCUAGUGAGGACCACACAGCUCUUUUUUCCCUUCACAAGUAUGUAGUGUCAUGAAACCUUACAGAAGAUCUAAAAAGAAAAAAAAAAUGUGGUAUGUUUGUCUUGGUAAUUUUUACAGGCUGUAACCAUUUAAUCAGGCAAGUCAGUAAUAAAAACAUAAUGUUCCCAAA